UCUCUGGGUCGCUCAAUCUGAAAGGGCAAGAAAAGGAUUGUUUUUUUUUUUUUUGAGGAAGAGGAGAGAGAUUGAGAGAGCGCUGAAGGCGGAAAAGACCGUUUUGACCUUGUCGUCUCCCGCAGAUUUUUUCUUCAGCUCUUCCUCUUUGCCGGAUUCAUCUCCGAUACUCUCCAUCUUCGAUUUAUCCACCAUGAACGAGAAAGCCAACGUCUCUAAGGAGCUUAAUGCCCGGCAUAGAAAGAUUCUUGAAGGGCUUCUUAAACAUCCAGAGAACAGAGAAUGCGCUGACUGCAAAGCAAAAGGUCCAAGAUGGGCUAGUGUUAAUUUAGGUAUCUUUAUCUGCAUGCAAUGUUCUGGGAUUCACAGGAGUCUCGGGGUACACAUAUCAAAGGUUCGAUCUGCAACUCUGGACACAUGGCUCCCGGAGCAGGUUGCAUUUAUUCAAUCAAUGGGAAAUGAGAAAGCAAAUAGUUACUGGGAAGCUGAUCUACCCCCAAACUAUGAUAGAGUUGGAAUUGAGAAUUUCAUACGUGCAAAGUAUGAAGAGAAGAGAUGGGUUUCUAGAGGUGAAAAGGCUAGAUCACCCCCAAGAGUCGAGCAAGAACGGCGGAGAUCUGUGGAGAGAAGUGGGCCUGGAUAUGAGCAUGGGCACAGUAGUAGUCCCGUAAAUUUGUUUGAGGAGAAGAAAACUAUCCAAGCACCUAGAACAAGAAAUAGUAUUGCUGCAACGAGGAUAAGUCUUCCCGUGCCUCCCCAAGGACCUGAUCAGGUUAUAAAACCACAGCAGAAAAUCGAAUCUGCAGCGGCUCCCGUGGAGACGACAAAACCGGCAGUAAAUGUUGCACCAGCAUCAGAUCCUCCUAAGGUGGAUUUUGCUACUGACCUUUUCAACAUGCUAUCAAUGGAUGAGCCGACUGCAAAUACCUCAGAGACAGCUCCUGCUGAUGAUAACUCAUGGGCUGGCUUUCAGUCGGCUGGAAGCGGUCAAACGGCAGAGAAAAUUGUCACAGCGAAGCCUGUUGAGAGCAGUUCUCCUCCAGCUACUGGGAUCGAGGAUUUGUUUAAAGACACACCUACUUUAACAGCCCAACAAGCACCACAGAAAGAUGUGAAAGGUGAUAUCAUGAGCUUAUUUGAGAAGUCGAAUAUGGUGUCGCCUUUUGCCAUGCAUCAGCAACAGGUUGCUAUGCUUGCUCAGCAGCAAGCCCUUUACAUGGCUGCAGCAAAAGCUGCAGGAGGCACUCCAAAUGGUGUGAAUCAACAAGCUGUUGCUAAUGCUCUUAACUUAGCAUCUGCAAAUUGGUCAAACACUGGCUACCAGAUCCCUGGAAUGACUAACCCAGCAGGUGGUCAAGCUGAUCUCCAGAAACUUAUGCAAAACAUGAACAUGAACGCAAACAUGAACAUGAGACCCGCACAACCGCAAGAAAACAAUUUACAGUAUCCAGUAUCCAGUUUCUACACGACGGGUCAAGUUAAUUCGGUGAACGGUGUGACCCCAAACUCAACCGGUAAACCUCAGUCAUCAGCCGCGGCGGCGCAACCAACGAGCACCACACCAUCUUCUCAAUCAGGCAAAGACUUUGAUUUCUCUUCCUUAAUGGAUGGAAUGUUCACAAAACAUUGAUCAAGUGAGAGACUUUUUUCCUGAAUUUGCCUUUCUUAAAAUUUGUCUUAAAUUUGAAGAAACUACAAAUAUAUACAAUCAUUGUUGGACAGUUUCUCCGUUAAACAAUUGUUUUCUUUGAAACUGUGUUUGUAGUUUGGGCUUUGAUUUUAUUUGAUUGUUGAAAGAGUAAUAUAUGUAAUUUCAAAGAAAUUUCAAAAAUUGAGAUUUACCCA